CAUCCGAAGAUAUGGCGUCGCCCAAACCCAUCCCAGCUGCGAAUAGCGAAUAGGAAAGCCUUCUCUCUCUCUCUCUCCGACGGAUAAAGAAGAACCACACGUUCCAAUCCCACCGAGAAAAGAUGCCAGAUGCGGUUCCAUUGAUUCUGCUCUCCACCUUAUGACUCGAGGAACGUAGCUCGUUGGAUUCCAUUCGCUAUUGAUCUUGGUGGCUCGAGAAAAAUGCUGAUGAUCGAGCCUCAAGCCGCCGCCUCCGCCUCCGCCUCCGCCUCGCGGCUUUGCCCCGCUUACUUCUACUCGUCCAGUCGCGUCUUCUCGAAGUCGGCCUCAUUGCUUGUGCGGAGGGAUGGGAGUAGGAGGUGCGGCGGCAGGGCGAAGUGUGGAAAUGGAAUUAGUGGGAAAUCGAGCUCGGAUUCAGGUCCGGUGAAGCAGAAUGCAAAGCCUCAGAGGUAUCAUCCGUUUGAGGAGAUUGCUGAUUCCAAUUUGUUGGAGAAUGGGGAAGCUGCUACGCUUACGCCUGCUGAGACGUCUCGAACGAUUAUUGAGGUGAACAGCAAGGCGACGCUGAUGUUUUCGGGCACGGUGAAUGAGGAUGUUCAUGAGAACAUUUUCUGGCCUGAUUUACCUUAUGUGACUGAUGAACAUGGAAAUAUCUAUUUUCAAGUGAAGAACGAUGAGGACAUCCUUCAAGCCCUAACUACGGAGGAAACUGUUGUGCAAGUCAUUAUUGGGCUGGACACUGCAGAAAUGAUCAGUGAGAUGGAGGCAUUGGGUCACGGUGAAAUCGAUUUUGGCUUAGAUGAGCUGGAAGAUGUAGGCAAUGAGUUUGAUGAGGAAGAUGAAGAUGACGAUGAAGAUGAUGAUGAUGAAGAUGAUGAUGAUAAUUACAAUGAUGAUUGGGUUUCCAUUCUCGACGAGGAGGAUCAGGACGAGGAAAGUGAUGGAUCAUUGGGAGACUGGGCUAAGUUGGAAACGAUGAGAUCUUCACAUCCGAUGUAUUUUGCCAAAAAGCUGGCGGAAGUUGCAUCAGAUGAUCCCGUAGAUUUCAUGGAGCAGCCCUCUGCUGGAAUUGCUAUUCAUGGCAUUUUAAGACCUGCAUUCCUUGAAGAACACUCUGUCAUCCGGAGACAUAUACCUGACCCCGAGUCGAGUGAUGUGGAUACAAAUCGAAUCACCAGAGAACAAUCUCAAGAAAGUGUUACUCUGAUCAAUGGCCAUAGACAUGAAACAGAAUUACCGCAAGAUUUCCCAAAUUGGGAAGAGGAAUUGGAGAAGGGUGAGAACUUGGGAAGUGGAUUUGCAUUCUACAAGCUGGAGACGAUUAAAAUACAGUUAAUUUCGGCGCAUGGGAAUCAGAAUAAUGUCGAGAUAGAAGAUUUUAGAAGGGCUCAGCCUGAUGUGAUUGCGCAUUCAGCUGCAAAAAUCAUAUCUCGUCUCAAAGCUGGCGGGGAGAAGACAACACAAGCUCUGAAAUCUCUGUGCUGGAGAUGCAAGGGAAUUCAAGUCGAGGAAUGUGCUCUUAUAGGCAUAGACGGCCUUGGUGUCGAUUUAAGAGUUUGCUCUGGAACACAAGUUCAGACGUUGCGAUUUGCAUUUAAGAAACGGGCCUCGUCAGAAUAUAGCGCUGAAAGGCAACUAAACGAUCUCCUCUUUCCGAGAGCACUCAAAUAUCAGCACAAGAGAGAAGCUCAACAGGCUGAGUCCUAGGUUUGCAUGAAUUCAUAAAUUUAUGCUUUUUCGAUGUAGUCCUAAAUUUGCUAUGUACUAUGUGUAUAACCAUCUUUCGUCGCCUGCCUAAAAUUUCAUUUGUGCUGUUUCGUAAAGAGAAAUUUCGGUUUUCUCAGCAUUCUUUUAUUUUCUUUUC